CCCCGGCACCGCGACCGUCCGGGACGGGCCAGCUGCCCGCUACGCGCCAGCUCCCACAUCCCUCGAGAAUCCGACAGGCGAGAAAACCCUGGUUUCUGUGCCGCAGAGGAGGCGGUAUCUCCCGGCUCAUCAGCAAUCCCGGCGUCCGCGAGCAGUGGAAAAGUGCCGAGUGAGAGGUUCCCCGAUGGCAUCCCAAACUUAUGACGGGCUCACUGCAGCUCGGCCUCCAUGCAGGCCCGGUAGCGGAGCUAUCGGGGAAACACAGGACAGAGUUGAAAUCGGAGACGUCACACGAGGGGAACGUGCCCCCGAACACGCCCAGCAGCUGGAGAGCAACGCGGAUGCUUCAGCGACACAAGGGGAGCGACGCCAGAAUCCGCGGGUUGAAGAAUUCCUUCUUCCAGAGUUGGACAAUAAGCCAGAAGUGAGUCAAGUGUGGCAAAUCGAGAUGCAACAGGUGCAGCCGAUCCUACCAAACGGGUAUCACUUGGAGGUAAAACUAAAAAUCGUUAAAACAGAGGCAACGAGUGAUAUAUCAGGCUUUAGCUAUGAAAUAAAUAAUUGGGUGGUUCUUUUGACCAAAGUCGAAGCGGCAGCCAAUAACAACGGCACCACAAAUAGAGAUGUGCAAGUGAUUGUUACUGCUAAAGAUAACAAGGUCGACACGGCAGUGACAAUCAAGCACCCGCUGAAAGGAGGAGUCAGAGUUGCAAAUGCUGAUCAAAACACAACCGACGUAGGAGCUGAGGAUGUUGAUGUAACGACAGGAGUUUCCCCUCUGGGUUUAGGACGUGGCACGGGCACAGAGAAAACAGAACAGCUUGAAAACCCACUCACUUUCCCAAAGAUGGAAGCUGAAACGAAUCACAACAAAUUGACCGAGGCGCCGGUUAACGGAAGCACUUUGGCCGAACGUAAUUCAAGCUCCGCGAUAAAAGCCGCAAACAAAGCGGCCGGCGAAGUUCUCGAGAGCGCCCGAAAGAUUCCAAAAGCGCCGCGGACGGUGCCCUCCAAUGCCUCCGAGAAAGCCACAGCCUGCGACGCGGCAGAGGGCACCGGGAGCACGGCUCCACCGUUGGGUGGCGCAGAGAGCGCACCGUUAUUAACCUCCACGGCUCCGGAGCGGCGACGCAGAGCGGUGCGGCGAGAACAGGCCGUAAAAACAGCCAUCGCGCCUCCGCCAAGCACGGCGGAGCGCGGCGGGCCUCCUGUUCAAAACGGGGAUCGCGCCAAACCGACGCGAAACACGCAGCCAAAAUCCGAGGAUGCGACAAACGAGGGGCCGGAGAGCAACGCGGGUGCCCGCCGGGCAGAGGCAACCGCUCCGGCGGCCGGGAAUUUAACUCCCGAAGGCAAAUCUUCUAUAGACGACAUUAAAGACGUCUGCAUUGGUAUCCUUCACCAGGUGCACGAGAUAAACGUUGGGAGCGAACAGUCCAUUGCCGUCGGUGCUCGUGGUGCUGACCAGGCGAGUAAUUGGAGGGCAAUUGAAGUGGCAGGAUCUGGGACCCCUGCCAGCGAAAACACGCAGAGGAGCAAACCUCCUGUUGCAGUUGAGGAGGCAUCGCCAGCUUGUGGAGGUGUUCCAAAUAAUGCUUCGCACACGUCAAGCAAAGGAAUGCACAGGCGUGAUGGAGAGAAAGCGCUGGGCGUGCUGGAAUCAAAAGAUAAAAUAGGGGUGCCAAAAACGGGCGAAAUUAAAGAAUCAGCUGAGGAGAAUUGCAACAACGUGAUGAGACCUGAUGAGGAUGCUAUGGAAACACGCAGCUUCAACAAAUCCAAACAGAUAGAGAAUGGUUCCAUUGCCAUUUCACCCGAGUCACCACCUUUUAAGACACCAAAGCAAUCAACCACAAUGCAGAGCGGUGUCCAAGUGGCAUUGCCCGUACUAGCCCCAAAACAAGAUGUCGCUCAGGGCAGUGAUGAAGUUAAAACCGACAAAAGGGUCCCUUUGCUGUCAAACACCACUCUGAAAGAGACCGAAGGCAACAUGUGCUCUGAGGAGGCUAUUUCUGAAGCCACAACAAAUGUGUCAGCCGAUGGAAUCACCCCGGCUGAUGUCCAUUGCAGAGACACGCAAGCGAAACCCAAAAAAGGGUUAUUUUCAAUUUUCUCUUUUGAAAAGGAAAAAAAGUCACGUCAAACAGCGGCAACAAAUGCAGACAAUAAUAAACCAAACUCUUCGAGCAAAAAUGAAUGUUUUGCAGCCACAGCUGCAGAAAGGAAUGCUGAAUUAAUGGCCACAAAACCUGACGAGGAUGUGCAUGGGACGGCGGGAAAAGGUUUGAACUCGGUGGAUUUCACCGACACACAGCAGAACUCGUGCCACCCUGGAGUCCCCAACACACUGGCAUCAUCAGCUGGUGAUCCUGCAUUUUCUAGGGAUAUUCCUACACAGAAAAGUCACGAAGAUUCCAUCGACACAGCCAAGGAGAGUGAAGAAAAUGCAAAAGUCACCUCUGAUAACGUGGUGCACGGAACAGAUGGUGGGUCUGAACUUUUCCCAUGUGACGAGUCAGUGGGCGAGCCUCUAAACGCGCAGCCCCAACUCUGGUCACGAGUAGAACAGACCUCUUCUGACGGUGUUGCGGCUGAAAAAGAAAGCCCUGGAGGACUGACCGUGGAAAAACCUCCCGAGAAGAGAUGGGGGUUCUUUUCAUUUUUUUCCUUCGCCAGGUCCACCUCGAACAGCACGCCCCCACAGAGCCCACAGCCGGCCUCAGACAUGGCCCAGGAGGUGUGCGGAAACACGGUUCAAAGCAGCGCCGAUUUACAAGGUAGCCCUGAUGAUGGUACAACCCCCAGCACCGCACGGCCAAGUACGAAACCAGAAAAUGACAUUGACAAUCUGAUGGAACAAAAUCGGCAGCAUUCCGAGAAUUCAUCGACUGAUACAGAACAGCCAGAGAUUGACAAUGCAACCGCGAUGUCUCGCGAGGGCACCUCCGAUGAAAAGACGCAGCGGGAGGCAAUGACAGCCGUGUCGGGGGGCAAUGCAGGGGAAGUAGAAUGCCGAGAUGCAACUCGAGCAGACUCGGAAGCCCCAGGUGAACCCGGACACAUUCCUUUCAAAUGCAGUGCUCGCACAGCAAAGUCUGAAGCUGAGGCAAAUAUCGAAAAACCCAUUGACAGGUGUUCCGACAAAUCAAGCAGCCCAGAAGAGCCACAGGUUGCCGAAACAAUCAAUGAAAACGCUGCAGUUAAAUCUUCCGACAAGGCAUCUGCGACUGGACCGGAAGGCAAGCCUAGCAGAGGCUUUUUUACGCUGUUUUCCUUCAGCAAGUCCACCAGUAAAUCGGAUGUUUCUGAAACAGAAGAACACACGGACCCACCGGUGAGCUGCAGCGAAGAGGAGCCACCGGGAGAGGGAGAAUUCCUCGCCGCGGAUAGCCCGAUGGACGAAGAGAAGAACGGGACACCGGUGGGUACGAGCCAAAACAAGAAGACAUCCAGUUUCUGGUUCUUCCCUGAUAUUGGCUUCACAGAACCCAAACCGGAAGAACCGACGAGUUAAAGCAAUUAGGUUACAGUCCAUCAUUGCAGCAAUGUAUUCCCGCACCUCCGAUUCACAGUUGGCCACGUACGGUGUGAAAUAAGUUCAACAUACAUACAAUAUCUAGGCAAAUGAUGUUUGACGGGGUUUUUAAAAUUAUAUUGUCUGUUAAAAUAUAUGAAAUUAUUCAAAAGGAUAGUUUUUUCGGGGAAAUAUAUUCUCUAUCCACUGCUGGUUGGAGGCCUCCCUCACACCAUUGCCUUUCCUCGCUUCAUUCCCCACAGUCCAGUACCACUGUAGUGAUGAAGGAUGAUUACAAUCUGUCGAUUGGGAACUGUUUACGUACAGCUUGAUACCAUUUAACAUUUAACUAAGUCGUGUAAUAUUUAAAACGUGCCCUGGCAAGUGCAUCGCAAUUCAUGCAUAAGUGAAUUCCGAGUCAAAUAUCUUCACAAUACCAAAUUCCCAACGUGAGCAUAUACACGCAGCCAUUCGAAAUACAAGCUCUGGAGUGAGUCUGCACGUGUGUACGCAUCCGUAUUUGCCAAUCUCCAGGGCCGCAAUGAUGCGACUCCCCUGGUGAUUUGAUGCACUGCAUCGGUAACGAUUCAAUUCUUCAAUCAAAUUGUACGUGGGGUGGGGGAGUGGUAGUUGCCCUCAUGAUAGCAAAUGGGAGUGAAUUUAUUUAGGAUUAAUUCUGGGGGAAAAAACAAUGCAUCAUUUUUUACCUCUGCAAUGCCCCGACAUGUUCCACUCUCGAUAGGCAAGACAUUUGCAUUGCUAUAAACGUAUAAGGCAUUACAACGUGUGCUCUCAUUAGAUUAAGAAACACCUUCAAUAGUCGGUCGGCUUUUCGACUCAAUGAAUGCGUUUUUGAGUUGCCUGAAUGCUUUAUAUCCCGAGGCUUUUUCAUUAAUAGGUUUAAUAUGCAUGCACUGAUUCAGAAUGAUAAUGUAUCUUACAUUGUGCUAUGUGUUUCACUACUUUGUUUUUAUCCUGUUUUAGUUUCUCUUGGAAAUUACAUUUUUCACAUGGGCUCUCAAAUAGUUGUAAAUAGAGUAAUUGAUAUGGAAAUCAUGUAUGACACUGACCCACUGUAUUGCAAUGCUUCUUGACAACUGCCAGUUCAACCCAAUAAUCAGCAUUUACCAUAUUUUCAUAGUAAUACUAAUAAUUAUUAAACCUGUAACGUGCCACAGUGUUUGCUCACUCGCAACGAGAAUGAGACAGUGAGCCAGAACCAAAUUCCCCCAAGCUCUGCGGUCCUCUAUAUAAUAAUGCGUUAUUGGCCAAUCCAUAGAUUUUUUACAUGUGUGAGAAAACCCACAAUAUGUGGGGGGGGGGGCAACACUACCCCAUGUUAGUGUGUGUAUGUACGUUGAACUUCUUUCGCACCGUACGUAGCGAACCGUGCUAAUCGGUGGUGCGGGAACUAAUCGGAGAUGGAACAGGUGCCGUUCACAUUGUGCCGUACCGUAUUCUCCUGGCAAGCCAUGGUAUGGCACCUCGACACCCACGGGAAGGGAGUUUUACAACAUUUAUAUGAGCCACCAACUCUUGCCUCCACAGCGAUGGAUUACAUGCGCAUGCCACCAACACCCAGAAACAAUAUUGAUUUCCAAUCACAGCUCUUAGCAUUUUGCCUUGAUAGGCCCUUCAGAUGUCAGAGUUCUACGUCAAGAGCACUGCAGCAUAUUUAGAAGAUAGGGUAUGAUUUCUGCUCGUCUUUAUCUACGAACUAAAAUUUAAAUAUGUAGUUUGGCUUCAAUUCACAAAAAAAUCAAAACCAUUUUAAGAUGUACAAUGUUUAUUACCCAAGUUUCAAUGUAAUUAUCAGACAAAAUGUAUACAUUUUAACAAAUACUUGCCAAAAACUGGAUGAAGUACAUAAUACAUCUAAGUGCACAUCUGCACCCUCGUUCGCCAAUACCGAAAUUAAGGCUUGCCGAAUAAGUCAAGUGUAAUGGAUACAAUUAUAGAAGAAAAAACACAAAACAGAUGAUAACAUUUUACAUUUCACAUCAUAUCCAUGAAAUUUUAAAUGUAUUGAGUCCAGUGAACACCUUCCAUCGGUAUCCUGCAGGUGACCUCAGCGGCCGCUGAGAUCACCUGCCGCAUCGUCAUCAGGGCAUCCCGGUGUAGGGCAGCUUCAUUGGGUAGAGCGGCCCGUAGCGAUCCUUGUGCCAGAGCAGCUUGCGUUCAAGGAAGCGCACUGUGUCAACCGUGAGCACCAGCGUGUGGUACUUCAGCAUGCUGUACACGUUCAGCCCUGCAACACAACGGUGUGGUUAGCAGGGGUGCACGGCAUCAAUCGUCCAUGACAAACGACAACUUUGGGCGUGCACAGCCACCACCGCCAGCCAUCGAGCAGACUGCCAUGUCAGCAUUUAAAAAAAGGCAUUCAAAACUAGAUUACUUGGCUGUCCAGGCUAAAUGGGUUUAGGCUCGGACGUUUCUUUUAUCGUCUGGGUCUUUUUUUAAGGCUAUUUCAAGUGUGCUAUAAAAUAGCUUACCUAAUGCAGGCAUCACAGUGAUGGUCUUCAGUUUUUCUGUUGCCUCCAGGAUAUUCUUUGGCAUCUGUUCAUUCCUACAAAAACAUUCAAAGUAAACAAUCAUUGCGUU